GUUUGUUGUGCACUUGAGAGAGUUCCGUUAGGUCCGCGCGCGUCUUCUUGACAUGGUGUGUCGGUCGGUGUAUACUCGUGAAUUUAUGAGCAGGAAAUGCCGCACGAGCGUGGAGCACCACGCAAGAGCUGACAGGUGACCACAAAGUUCACGAACUUCUCACACUAAUCUCGCGUUCUUCCCUGCUAUAGCGGCAAAUUCGUAAGUACUCAAGUUUUAUUAAGUGGUAAAAACUUGUAAAUGGUCUUUACGGCGACUAAUUAACCAUAUUAGCGAUAGUUUUUGUUUAUGAAUACUGUGUAAUUGGGCAGCGGUCACGUCAACUGCGUGACUCGAUUUAAUUACAGGAUUACUAUCAUGGACCGUGUGGACUUGCGCAUAAUGUCCAAUAACUUUCUAUUUACGACCACAGGAUGUGACUUUACAAGCGUCUUUUAUCAACCAACAGAUCUGUCCCGGACUUAACGCAAUAAAGCGGCUUAUAAUUUGCUACCCAUUCUCGGUUCCUUUCCGCAUUGUUUUAUGAGCUGAUUAGGAAUAGUAUGAAAUUAGAAUGAGAAGAAUUUCUUGUGUUACAUCGAGCAGCGUGCUAGCGACAAGUAGUGUAUUUGAUUACGGCAUCUAUGCGUGCCGUUUAUUUUAUCGACGUGUCAAAAUUAUCCCCGGACUGUUGAGCUAAGCAUUAGUACAAGGCUAUGCUUAUUGGUUGAGCUUUUCGCCUAAUUAACCUGUAUUGGCAUUCAAAGUCAAUCACUAGUCUCGUGAGUGCCCCGCUCGUCUGACAGUCACACGGAUCUUUAGAUCACUAGGCUGUAUGCAAUCACGAGUCAGCGAUAGACAUAUUGGACGAGGGCGUCCGCCAAGCCAAGGGAACCCUUUGUGUUUCAGGCUUUUCCUUUUGCCCCGAAGGCGCUUCCUGUGUCAGACGCAUAGACCCAUUGCAGGCCCCUCCCACAAUAACGAUAUAUAUAAUCACUGCACAAACCAACUCAAAGCAUUCAACUCACGACUCCAAGCGACAAGUGUUUAAAGAGAAUGAGCAGAAGCGAUUUUUGCAGCAGCAACAACGAGGGGCUAAAACCCGUGAAAAUGGCCAAAGAAAACACCUCAAGUUUCACGAUAGAUAACAUUCUAAGAGGAACAAGAAGCGAGGCUUACUCACCGGCAAACGAUGCACUGGUGUUAGCAGAGAGGAUGGCAGAUAUCAUCCUCAAAGUAGCGGACGGACGAAAAAUCCGACGCACGCGAACAACGUUUAACCAGUUCCAGCUCGACACUCUUGAGCGCGCCUUCAGCAGGACCCACUACCCAGACGUACUCCUGAGGGAACAGCUCGCGGUCUACACCAACCUACCAGAGUCCAGAAUACAGGUGUGGUUUAAGAACAGACGCGCAAAGUACCGCAAAUCUAAAGAAUCCGCAGAGCGCCAGGGGGGAACCAGCGAGAGCAGUGAAGAAAGAGACGAGGAUAAGGACUAUCACGAACCCAUAGCCGAGAGCAACCAUCAAACGACUUCACCUUCAGACCUGAUCUAUCUCGACUCCACGUCCGACUUUUUGCGUCCGGCCCAGCCCUACCGUCCAGUGGCUGUCCGAUCAUUCUCGUCACGCUAUCCAUCGCCGUUUCAUUUUGUCGACCCCUGGCAUAGUGGGCUCCCUGUACGUCACGCAACAUCUUUCCCGUACCCUUCACCACAUUCGCUAUCGUACAAAGCAAUGCGCUAG